CAUUCUGGUCUCUUCAGCAGGUAACAUCGAAAGGUGCUGGCUUAAACCCUAAUGCAAAAGUGUGGCAAGAGGUGCCCCAGGGGAGUGGCGAGGCCGUGCCACCGACCAAUGGCGCCGAGCACUCGUGGCAAGAAGCGGCGGCGGCGCAGGGGACUCAGACCGAGGGUAACAUAGAGAUUUCUGAGGAUAGCUGCAAGCAAUAUGAAGUGAUGUAUUCCCCGUCUUGUGAAGCCACAAGGAAUGGCACAGGAGUUGAUGAAGCAUCUGCAAAUGGAAUUGUUCUGGCAACUGAAGAUCUUGGGUACCAAAUCUAUGAAGUGUCUGGUGAAGGCAGCUCCACUGUGUCCACAGAAGACAUUAGAGAAUGUUUGAAAAAACAACUUGAAUUCUGCUUCUCACGUGAGAAUCUCUCAAAGGAUCUCUACUUGAUGUCUCAAAUGGAUAGUGAUCAGUUUGUUCCCAUAUGGACAAUUGCCAACAUGGAAGGUAUUAAGAAGCUGACAACAGAUAUGGACCUUAUUCUGGAAGUGCUGAGAUCUUCUCCUAUGGUACAAGUGGAUGAGAGAGGGGAGAAAGUAAGACCAAACCACAAACGAUGUAUUAUCAUCCUCCGUGAGAUCCCGGAGACAACACCGAUAGAGGAGGUAAAGGCUCUGUUUAAAAAUGAGAACUGCCCCAAGGUGAUAAGCUGUGAGUUUGCUCACAACAACAACUGGUACGUUACAUUCCAGUCGGACACGGAUGCGCAGCAGGCAUUUAAAUACUUAAGGGAAGAAGUGAAAACCUUUCAGGGCAAGCCAGUAAUGGCAAGGAUAAAAGCCAUCAACACGUUUUUUGCUAAGAAUGGUUACCGGGUAGUGGAUUCCAGUGUCUAUACUCAGCCAGUUCAAACACAAGCACAGUUUGCCUCACCACUGUUUAUGCAGCCUGUAUAUAGUCCUCAGCAGUACUCUAUUUACAGCAUUGUGCCUCAGACGUGGUCUCCAAAUCCUGCACCUUACUUUGAAACACCACUGGCCCCCUUUCCUAACGGUGGAUUUGUGAAUGGCUUUAACACACCAGGAUCAUACAAAACAAAUGCUGCUUCUUUGAGUAUAGGUCGCCCAUUCCAUAGAAAUCGGGUGAAGCCCCAUUUCCGACCGGCCGGCAGCUCUGAGCACGCUGCGGAGGGG